GUUAUCUGCUGCACGGAAGCAGUAGACACACACACACACACACGCAUUUCUCAUCUGCAAUUUUUGCCCGGCCUGCGCGUUACACGUUUCGUACGUGAUACAUUCCGGUCAUCCCCCAGCACGUCCGACGAAGCUGAGAUCGAUGCGGCCCCACGCGGGCGCCGCGGGGAGCAUGGCGUCCAUGGAGUGGGAGCCCAAGGCGCUCUCCCUCCACGAGCUCAAGUACGCCAGGGAGGCGGCGCUGUAUGUCCUGAGAACGCACUCGUCGGAGGACGCCGUCCGGAUCUUCACCGAGGGUCUCAAGCCGGUGCUGGGCGUCAGGAAGGACUCCAUGACCGACUCCGACGAGGAGGACGACCAGGGCGACGAAGAUUAUGACAUGUUCAAUCCCUACGCGUUUCUUGACGAUGAUAGCAUUUGCUGCCACCGCCAGUAUGGCCGCACCGCCGCAGAACGAGAUGUUGCUACCGCGCCCUUCUAAUUUGCUCAACACCACCUAUUGAUAGUUUUUUUUUCAUAAUAUUCUUACAAUUUUUUGAUAGAAGUGGUGAAGGCAUUUUUAUACAGCUUCGGAAAGACAUGUAAUGUAGAACUACGAAGAUUUUAGAGAUCCAGGCACAGCGAUUUCUUGACCGAGUUGUAAUCAAAACAGUGUUCUUUAUUGAUGACUAGUACAAAUGCCCGUGCGUUGCACCGGGUGAAAAAAAGA